GUCUCGGCACCCGCUGAACAUGUGCUGCUGAUCGCCAUGAGCCGGCCAAAGGCGUUGAACAUGUUCGACGAGCAGAUGGAGGACGAGAUGAGACAGGUGCUCGAGUGGGCGGACGAGGACAAGGACGUCUGGGCCAUGGUUUUGACGGGGGAAGGUGGCGUAUUCUGUGCCGGAGGCGAUAUUAAGCUGUACCGCCCUUCUGAUCCAAUUCCCCCGUCCCUUUUCUAUGGGAUGACACCCGAAGGAUUCGGUUACCUCUCGCGUCGCCCUCGGGCCACCAAACCCAUCAUUGCCGCCGUGAAUGGCAUGGUGAUUGGCGGGGGCCUCGAGAUCGUGCUCAACUGUGACAUUGUAGUCGCCAGCGACAAGGCUAGGUUUGGGCUUCCGGAGACAAAGAAUGGCCUGGUCGCCAUCCACGGAGCUUUACCGAGGCUCGCGAGGGUUGCAGGCCAUCAGGCGAGCCUCGCUUCUGAGGCCUAUCUCAUGGGACGGACUCUCACUGCCAAGGAGGCCCACGCUCGGUUCGGCUUCGUGAACCGCGUGGUCCCGCACGACUUCGUGCUCUCAGCCGCGCUAGGACUCGCUUCGCAGAUUGUCUCUCUGGCAAAAUCUGCUAGCGCAAACGCGCCAGGAUCC